AUGGCCAGCAAUGCCUCCCCCAGCCCACAAUUCCUGGCGCCUCCGGCCGUGACAGCUUUACGACAGGAGGCUCGGAACAUCCACCCGAGGAUGGUUCGCACCCUGAGUGAUGACAUGCGAGAGGAACGGGAAGACUUGAAGGAAGCGGCUGAACAGACCUUGAACAUUAUUGUGGACAUGGACCUCGAGGGUCGGAUCAAAUGGGUCAGCCCGUCAUGGAAACAGGUGGUAGGCUCAUCUCCUAGAUCCGUCGAGGGUCAUAUGAUUUCAGAGAUUCUUCUCGGGAACAAGGAUGUGUUCCGUGAUGCGAUCGAGUCUAUGCAACUAGACGAUUCGCGGAGUCGAUUCAUUCGGUUCGCUGUGCAAAUGGGACCAGACUCGGUCUUGCGGAACACCUCCGAACCGUCGCCCGAGACCACCAAUGAAGAAGUUGACGGAGAACGAGACGAAGAUGAGAAGACAUGCGAGGAAGAUAGUAGCAACAGUGUGCUCAAUAUGGAGGGCCAAGGAAUCAUGGUCUACGAUAGGACUGAUGGAGAAGCAGGCCAUACAAUGUGGAUGUUACGGCCACUGACCGAGCCGAGAGAGGUGACCAUAGAUCUACCGCCGUUGCUGGUGGAGUCUUUGGGUGUUGGAGCCGAAGUGUUGGCAAACUACUUGACUCAAUUGGCCGAGGCCGCUGCCACGGAGCCCGAUCCAUCCAAGCAUCCUGCCCCGACGCCCGUCCUCUGUCGCAUCUGCGAACGCCAGAUCACUCCCUGGUGGUUUGAGAAACAUUCCGACUUGUGUCUUCAGGAACACCGCGCUGAGAUGGAUGUUCAGCUCGCCCAGGAAAACCUCAAUGAGCACCGCCAUGCCAUCGUCAAAGUGUUAGAUGCGUUGGAGGCUUUAGAGAUUCGACAAGGCAGGCCCUUGGUCGGCACUGAGGUCAAUCCAUUGCCCCCUAACCAGGCGGAGUACAAAGGGCUCGCAAUCGGCCCCUCCCCGACGAGCUCUGCUCUAUCCUCUGGUCCGGUAUCAAGCGGCAACUCCGCACCGGGUACCCCUCCUCGGUCGCGAGAGCAUUCAGUAUCCGGUGCAACACCGAAUCGGCCUCGCUCUUUCACCGUUCGCCGGCCAUUGACGAGGAUUGUCGAACUGGUUCUCGACCUGUGCGAUACAUCACUAGAGAUCAGCAUGCCUGUGAUCAAGGAGACCAUUCGAACCGACGGGGAGGACUUUCGAACUCUGUCACCGCAGUCCGAGUCUCGCAUCUCCCAAGUCCUACAAUGGCAGGCCCCUAGUACUACUUUGGAGCAAGAGCAAGGCCUAGCUGCAUUGUCGGCAGACACCGAGCAGGUCGCCAAGGCCAAGGUAGAUGCUGUUGUCCGUCAUCGCAAAAUUGUCGAAUACGCGGAGCGGAUUCGAAUCGAAUACACUGUGCUAGUUGAAGAGUGCAUAGGGGCUGCCCUUAGCAAGGCGGAGCGUAUAGCUGCAGGUCAGCUCAGCGAUUCCUCUUGUUCGUCCGACGAAGAAGUGGCCCAGGAGACCAUUCUCGGUAGCCAGAUUGCCCCGGACGACACCAACAGCAAUGCCGCAGAGGAUGGCUCUCAGUCAUCUGGACCAGCUGACGAAUGGCAAUCGAAGACACAGCCCGCAGCACCCUCCCCACGAAGACUGACAUCUACACUGACCAUGUCAAUGCGGAAUUCCCCUGAUCGGUCAUUGCUUUCACAGUCAGAACGUCGACUUUCAUCGGCGGCGGUUUCAACAGGUUCCAACAGUCCCUUGGAGUGCCCCACACCACGAUCCCACAAGAGUGCUGCAGGUCUUCUGGGUACAUCCCAGCCCUCUCGACUAGCUCUCUCUUUGGCCGAAAUGGACGCCGAUGAGGGCAGUGACAGCAGCCUGCCAUCUUCUGCUUUCCCGGGAGGCAUGAGAACAGAUUCCCCAUCUUCGGAAAGAAGCUUUGAUCGAAAGCGUCGAAGCUUGGUGCUUCCCGGUCUGUCAAGCUCUCCCCGACGACAGCAUUCUCCUGCCCGAGUCUCUGGUCCGCAUUCCCCGCUGCGCAUGCCCAAACCUCGAAUGUCAAGCGGCGGUGAUAGCUUACCAUCCCCAAUAGUUUCCCCGUCCACAUAUGCGAGUGAAUUGGCUCACAGCUGCCGGCAUCACCGCCGACAGUCCUCGGCUACAUCCUCGGAUGUUGCUAAGCCACCACCAUCUCCACGCCUCCCUUCAGUAAGCCAGCAACAACCUCGGCCUGCUCCGUUGUCAAUCAGGGACUUUGAAAUCAUCAAGCCCAUCAGCAAAGGUGCCUUUGGCAGUGUUUACCUGGUAAAGAAGAAAGCCACGGGUGAGUAUUACGCCAUGAAAGUCUUGAAAAAGGCCGAUAUGAUUGCCAAAAACCAAGUCACCAACGUCAAGGCCGAGCGUGCUAUCAUGAUGUGGCAGGGAGAGAGCGACUUUGUUGCGAAGCUCUACUGGACCUUCUCAAGUAAGGAGUAUCUCUAUCUAGUGAUGGAGUAUCUCAAUGGAGGAGAUUGCUCAUCCCUUGUCAAGGUUCUUGGUGGCCUCCCGGAGGAUUGGGCCAAGAAAUACAUUGCAGAGGUUGUUCUUGGUGUUGAGCAUCUACACAACCGAGGCAUUGUACACCGUGACUUGAAGCCGGACAAUCUUCUCAUUGAUCAAACGGGUCAUCUCAAGCUGACCGACUUUGGACUCUCUCGUAUGGGGUUGGUCGGUCGCCAGAAGCGUGUGUUGAAAAACCCCGAUGAAUCCGCCCCGGAUCUGCUUAAACAGGGCUCGUUCCCCCGUGCGAUAUCGAUCGCGUCUUCUCGGUCUGCUUCGUUUGAUUUCCAGGCCAGCUCCUCCCCGGGCUCGACUCCACUAAUCACGCCCGAUGUGUCUGCCAACGCCAUCCAGCCGUCUUACUUCAGCCUCAAUCAAAGUGGGUUGAGUCGUCAGAGCUCUCGUCGAGCCUCGGGGUAUCGCAGCGAUAGCAUGGGGAGCGAUGGCCUCAACGGCAUGUUUAGAACAUUCUCGCUCACCGACAAUGCUCAUGACCCUCCUGUGUCGUCACCAAGCAUAUUCUCAACGAGCAUGGUCGAGGAAGAGGGCCAGAGUGAGGCCGGCGAGUCUCCUCGCCUCCAGCCUCUGCACCCCACCUUCAGCAACCCCAUCGCACAAAACACUCCUCCUCAGCAAGGCAUGUUGCCCCCGGCAAUGGCCCUGUUCGACCCGGAAGAUCACGACCGCCGAUUUGUGGGAACACCCGAUUACUUGGCCCCUGAAACCAUUAAUGGUAUUGGCCAGGAUGAGAUCAGUGACUGGUGGUCUUUGGGGUGUAUUAUGUUUGAGUUUAUCUUUGGGUAUCCACCGUUCAACGCAGAGACACCGGAUGAAGUUUUUGAAAACAUUCUACAUCGCCGCAUCAACUGGCCAGACGACCCCGAAGAGUUCACCUCGCCAGAGUCACUGGACCUCAUGAACAAACUUAUGACCCUCAACCCGCGCGAACGGAUCGGGGCUAAUGUUGACGAGAAAUAUGCCAACGGCGGUGCCGAGAUCUGCAGUCACCCGUGGUUAUCUGAUAUCAAUUGGGAUACGCUACUGGAAGACAAGGCACAAUUUGUUCCCAAUCUUGAAAACCCAGAAGACACAGAGUACUUCGACUCCCGUGGCGCUACUCUUCAAUCGUUUGCAGAGGAAUUAGAAGAGGAAAAUUCGCCGCAACCCACCGUCGCGGCUGGCCCAGACCGUCCUCACGACGCGCUUUUCAAAGUUCGAUCUCAGGUGAACUCAAGCAAACGGCCUUUGAUGCCACUCCAUAUCCCGCCUCACGUUCGUGAUGCUCGGGACUCGCGAAGUCGCAGGUUGAGUGAGCCAGCGUUGGCCGACGAUUUUGGAAGUUUCAAUUUCAAGAACCUACCAAUGUUGGAGAAGGCUAACAAAGACGUCAUCCAAAAGAUGCGGCAAGAGGCCUUGCAAGCACAGCAUCGACAGUCCAAUCCCCCGUCAACCGCCCAAACACCUGUCAGUUCUGCGCAGCCAAGUUUGGAGGGAAGCCCACUUCCAAUGUCACUUCAGCGAACCUUGUCGCAGAACAAGGGCAACAAUCGUCCUUCUUCCCCCUCGGGACUCAGCCAGACGAAUUCGUCACCAAGCAGACCCUCCCAGCCCUCUUCGCCUCUUCUGGUCCAAUUCAGCACUGGGAACAAUCAAGAGCGACGUAAGACCUCCGGCUCUUCAUCGGCAUCCCACCAAUCAAGUGGGACAUUCCAGCCUUCUUCUGCCGAUCAAGGUCGUAUGCCGAACCUGAGACUGGGCUCAGUCGCAUCUUCCCCUGUCAAAACCCAUCGAAUCCCGACCCACUCCCCCGAGAAGAUGCCCCAUAGCCAAAGACAUGGCAGCGUCCCAGCUGGUAGGACUCGCUCGCGUACGAUUGGCUCACAAGACGGGGACAGCUCAUCGUUCUCCAAAGAACCUUUUGUACCACACCACCACAAACGCAGGAGUCAACUCUUCGACAUUUCACCUUCGUCGUCUGACAAUGAGGACCCACGCACCAAAGCACUGUUAAAGGUUCAACGCCGCCGUCAAAGUUCUCGACGGUUAUCACAGAUCAACAUAAUGGAAGGGCCUUUCUUCCGACCAUUGGACGUACUGAUUUGUGAGGAUCAUCCUGUCUCGCGACUAGUCAUGGAACGAUUGUUUGAAAAACUUCGAUGCCGGACCAUCACAGUAACCAAUGGCGCAGAAGCCGUCAGAUACGCUCUGAGCGAGGUUCAGUUCGAUAUCAUCAUGACUGAAUACCGUUUGCCUCAAGUCAAUGGUGUUGACUUUGCUCGAAUGGUGCGAGAGACGCGCAGCGCCAACAGGCACACCCCUAUCAUCGCUGUCACGGGCUACUUGAAAGAUUUACCAGAGAACCACAAUUUUGAUGCCCUGAUCCAGAAGCCGCCAACCUUGCCGAAGUUAACUGAAGCACUAUCGAAAUUCUGCAUGUGGAAGGGCCCCCCAGCAGACUACGAUUCCUCCCAAGCUGUGCCUGUCUCGGAUUUCAAUACGCAGUCCAAUGCGCCGACGACCGAAGAUAGCCCCAGCUCCGCAUCAUCUGGGUUUGUUCUCAACCCGCCCAGUUCUUACCGGGGGUCUAGCCGUGAUGAUUCGCUCAGCAGCAGCGUUUUCGGUGAUAUGGAGGCACUCAAAUCCGAUGAGGUGCCAGUGAUUAUCAACCGUACCUCAGACGACUGGGACCAAGGCCAGGGCGGACUGGGAAUCUCGGAGGAAACCGCUGCUUAUGCUGGUGGACCAGAUCCUCAUGACCCUCCCGUGCCUCAGCUUCUCCACACUGCCUCAGCGCCCGCCGCCAUGGACCCAACCGGCGGGCUCACACCUCGCAAGCAACGCUCCAGCGAAGGGAUUCGCGCCAAAAGAGAGUCACUCGAGAAAAAACGCUACGAGGGCGCCGAAUCAGGCGACGACGAAGAUGAAGAACUGGGAAACUCCCAGGCACGUCGAAGUCCCCCGACGCGAAACCGCCGCCCGGGCUCUAAAUUGGGGAUUGAGAUGAUGCGAACCAACAGCCGAGGUAGCGUUGUCAGCGGGAGUGAAGAGCUUUUGAAGAAAGAGAGAGAAGCUUUGAGAAACCUUGGCGGACAGUCGGUCGAUAACGAAGACAGCGAUGGCUCCCUGGGUUCUCCCGCCAGCACGAGCCUCGGGGAUCGCUUCGAGGCUCUGAGCAUCCCCGAAGAAUGGGAGGGCGAAGAGCCACUCAGUCCUCGGGAUUCUCCCCCAGUGUCUGGCGGACCCUUUUCACCCCACAGACCAUCUCUCGCCCACCAAGAUACUUCAAUCCACUCCGGAAGUCCCUACAAUCGUGCUUCGCAGACCAGCCCAGGAACGUUGGGCCAAGGUCAAACCACACCUCCUUGGGACUUGCCUCAGGACACGACGUCUCAAUCCACAGGUCCAAUCACUCCGGAAGUCAAGAUCUCGGGCACUUCCUUGACCCCGGAUGCCGCUACUGGACGUGACGCUGAGUGCAGUCCUACUCCAGACUCCGAGGCCACGCCGCGACCUCUUCACCCCUCCCCGGACCCUGAUCCGGAGCAGACCCCCGUCCAUCGGAACGCCAUCGAUCGGACCUGA